AUAUGGGGGAAGGGAAAAGUACAUGUAGCAGGAGGGAAUUGAUAUAGCCGGAUCACAGUCUAUGCGGUGUCCCGUGUCUGGUGUUUUUGAUGAAGUGUUCCUCCGCCCGCCUUGACCCUGUUCUGUUGCGGCUCUUCUCUCUCUUCUCUCCAUCCCUCUUUUGUUUUAUCCGUCUCUCUCACUCAUUUCACUUUCGCUUUCCGCUGGGCUCCAUCUACGAUCCACCCUCCUUGGUUGUUUUCUUGCCCUGUAAUACGACUCUAAAUCUGGAUCUGACGUCCCACGGACCGUCUGUGCGACCGCCUCCCUCGAGUUUGACCUGCGCCCAAUCCAAUCCACUCCAUACAUACGAACCUCGCCCAGAAUUUUAGGAGACUUUUCUUUUUUUGUUUUCAUCCUUUUGCAUAUUCAAUUAUUUUGUCUUUCCACUGAGCUUAUCGUGACGCAAAAUUGACUCUACGAUUGCAACGACGGGCAUUGGAGCUGCUGCAUACAGAUACGACAUACAAACAAAAAUAGACAAGG